AUGGAGAAGCAAACCAAUCACUCCCAACUCGACGAAGAAAGAGGAAGAGGAGGAGGCGACGGCGAGGACGCUGCUUUGGAGUCCCGUGAGGCAGCAAACAAUCGGUCGACGUCGAACCACUUCCUCUUGGCUGCCACGUACGCGUCUCUCAUCCUCGGCUCCCUAUCCUCCUCUCUGCUCUCCCGGUUUUACUUCGUCCAUGGCGGCUCCAACCGCUGGGUCUCCACCCUGGUCCAGUCGGCCGGGUUUCCUCUCCUCCUCCCCCUCAUAUACCUUACACAUUCUCCCUCCUCCCGUCCCUUCUCUUGCUUCAGUCCUCGCCUCCUCUAUCUGUCCCUCUUCCUUGGUCUCCUGUUGGGCGUCAACAACCUGCUCUUCUCCUGCGGCGCGUCCUACCUUCCGGUCUCCACUUCCUCGCUCCUUCUCUCGUCGCAGCUCGGCUUCACGCUUAUCCUCUCGGCGCUUCUCAUCCGCCAUCCCUUGACCUUCUCCAACCUCAACUGUGUCGUUCUGUUGACACUUAGCUCUGUUCUUCUGGCCUUGAACUCGUCCGGCGACCACUCCGCCGGCGUCGACCGCGGCCACUUCUUCCUCGGCUUCGCCGCCACCCUCGGCGCCGCCGGGCUCUUCGCGGUGUACCUCCCGGUCAUGCAGCUCGUCUACCGCGGGGUGAACGGGUACAGGACGGCGGUGGAGGUGCAGCUGCUGAUGGAGGCGUCGGCGACGGCGCUGGCGGCGGCCGGGAUGGUGGCCAGCGGAGGGUGGAGGAGGGAGGACGCUUGGGACCUAGGCGCCGCCCACUACUGGGUGGUGGUGGGGACCACCGCAGCGAGCUGGCAGCUUUGCUUCAUGGGCACCGCGGGGAUGGUGUUCCUGACGUCCUCGGUCCACAGCGGCAUCUGCAUGACGGCGCUGCUGCCGGUCAAUGUGCUGGGCGGCGUGCUGGUGUUCGGCGACGAGUUCGGCGGCUCCAAGGCGGUGGCCAUGCUGCUCUGCCUCUGGGGCUUCGCUUCCUAUCUGUACGGAACGCGCACCAACAAGGAGGAGACGGUAAUGGCAAUGACGGGAAGGAAGGAGACGGGAAAGACAGAGGGUACUGGUGGGAGUGGAGUUGAUGAGAACACUUGAACAGUGCAAAGAUGCGUCUUCCUUUUCCUUUCUCUGCCAAUAACUCUCUCUCUCUUCCCAACUGCAUUAGGGUUUCUGGGUAUACAGAAUGGUGUAAAUAUUAAUGGUGGCCAGUCCUUCAAACAAGGUGGAAGGUCAUGGAUGGUCUACAAACGAGGAAGGUGGUUGGUCGAGAGGGCAAGAAUGUUAUGGCCAUGGGGU